AUGGUGAAUGCUCACUCUUGGCGACUACUAAUUGAUCUUCACAUUCUAGUGACAAUCUGCUGGCUUCUGUCAGCAUCCUUGUACUACCUCUGUUAUGUACACGGCCCUACCUUGGCGUUUCCAUAUGCCAUCGGGAAGCACCUGUACUUGCCCAAUUGUGAGCCAUCCUCCGAUUCCAUUCAAGAUUUGUAUGUAACGCCCAACAUGACACCAGAAGUAGCCAAAGAACAAACUGAAAAGCACGGAGUUGCUUUUGUGGAGCAAGUCUUGAGUCCAGCCACUGCUUCCAAUUUGCGGCAAUACAUUCUAAAAGCCAACUAUGAAAUUCAAGGUACCUUUAUCAAGGAGAAUGAGAAUCGAUUUCACAUUAUUCCUGAUCCAAUGGAGCCUUCCAUUCGAAUUGCGUUGAAAGAAAUUGCAUCACACAAAGUCUUUCGGCCACUGAUUGAUGCGGUAUUGGGACCAAGCAGCUCGUUGGUGGCUCUGUCUGUCAUUACCAACUUGUACGAGGCCGAAGGGCAAGAUUGGCAUCAUGAUACGGGAAUGUCCUAUGCCACGCAUCCAGAUUACUUCGUUCCUGAAUACACUCUAGCCAUUCCCUUGCAAGAUACUACUAAAGAAAUGGGAGCCACUGGCAUCUGUCCAGGUACCCACAAGUGUAAUAAUCUGAAUAUGGAUUACAAUGUGGUUAAACCAAUGUAUGAAGAAGCGAUGAGGCAGUAUGAAGAAGCCCAAAGGAGAAGAGAGCUGAAAGCAGAAAGAGGCGGAGAAGGUGAUGAGACUGAUGAGGAAGUUUCUGAGGAUGACAACGACGACGACGAAAUGGAGGAAUCAGAAGACGAGGAGGAUUAUGACAACGAGGCUCCUCCGACAUUUGAAGAAUGGCUGAACUACAACCUUCCAUGCAAUGUUACAGCUUCUGUCAAUGCCGGUGAUGGUAUGCUGUACAAUGCCGACCUGACCCACAAGGGUGGCGCUCACAAUGAUCACACUGCAGCGGAACGGGUAGCGAUCUUCAUUACCUUUGCAGGUACUCGCCAAAGUCCCUCCGAUCGAAGGUCUUUGCCCAUGGGGACGGUUCAUUCGUUGCAUUGGAAGCGAUGGGGCCAUACUAUUGAUGACUUUCUCACCAUGGAAGAACAGCCGUGGAGGAUCUGGCAUAUUUUUGGCUUGGGUUUGCCAACCUCUCCAACAAAGGCGAACAGUGUCCGACCAUGGACAAUGCUGGACUACUUUUGGAUAAUUUUCAAGCACGAGAACGAGUGCAUGCAUCCCCUAUCGAAUGAAUUUGACUUGGAAUACUUUACAAACGAAAUUGUUGCACAAGUGUUCGUGUGGUCAGCUGGUAUUAUAGGUUUCUACCUGAUUGCGUCGCCCACUCUCGUUGCACUUUCAAUGAGACGAAUAAAAAAGGAACAAGAAUUCGGCGACACCAAGAUAAAAAAUGAAUAA